CUCUGCACCCAGCUUCCCAUCCAGAGGAAACCAAGGCUCGCAUCCACAAAGCAUGACUUCAGGUCUCAGGGUUUUCUCUGCAGCCUCCAGCAUGCAGUAACAGACUCUGCCUCACUCAGCAGCGUUUGUCCAGACCUACAUAGCAGCUGGUGUGGAUAUGCAUGCAACACUUCACAUUUGAUGGUGUCGAACAUACAGUGCUUGUAUCAGGUCCUGGCGUUUGUCCCACCAAGCAACGGGAGCCUGAGAAAACCUGGCGUGGCGGUGGUAAUGGUCGAUACCCAGCAUCCACUCACGCUGCUGCUCAACGGCUCCGUGGGUGACAGAGAGCUCUGCAAGAUUCAGUAUCAUUUUGGAGAGUUUGGCAAUUAUUCCCUUGUGGUAAAGACCCUAAGUGCAAGCACCAAAACUGUUUCUUGUGACCUAGUCAUCAAUGAAGGCCCUAUCAACAGCUACCUCCCUAUUCUCUUUGCUUUCCUGGUUUACAUGGGGAUCCUUGCUAUCCUGAUUGUGGGGCGCCUUUUUAUGAAAAUUGAUCCAGUCAGAAACUGGGUUUACAAGAAACUGAACCCCAGAGAAACUGAUCAUCUGAUUAAUUCUGAGCUUGGGUCCCCGAACACAACAGACUCUGUUAGCAGUGAUCCCACCCUGCGUUUGAGGAGCACAGCCUCUCUGCAGCGACUGCGUUCCCUGGACACAUUCCGAGGGCUCUCUCUUGUAAUUAUGGUGUUUGUUAACUAUGGAGGAGGAAAAUACUGGUUCUUCAAACAUGAGAGUUGGAAUGGAUUAACAGUGGCAGAUCUGGUGUUUCCAUGGUUUGUGUUCAUCAUGGGGACAUCGAUAUCAUUGUCACUGAGCUCCAUGCUGAGGCGGGGAAGUUCCAAGCAGAAGUUGCUUGGGAAAAUCCUCUGGAGGAGUUUUCUGCUAAUCCUGCUGGGAAUCAUAGUUGUGAAUCCCAAUUACUGCCUUGGACCAUUGUCCUGGGAUAAUCUGCGUAUUCCUGGUGUGCUCCAGAGGCUGGGAUUCACAUACCUGGUGGUUGCUGCUCUCGAACUCCUGUUUACAAGAGCUGGGGCUGAGAGUGGGACCUUGGAGAUGCCAUGUCCUGCUCUGCAGGAUAUUCUCCCCUACUGGCCACAGUGGAUUUUCAUUCUGAUGUUAGAAGUGAUUUGGCUCUGCCUGACCUUUUUGUUACCAGUGCCAGGUUGUCCCAGGGGCUAUCUUGGUCCUGGGGGCAUUGGAGACUUUGGAAACUAUCCCAACUGCACUGGAGGAGCGGCUGGUUACAUUGAUCGUUUGCUUCUUGGAGAAAAGCAUAUAUAUCAGCAUCCCUCUUCAAGUGUGAUUUACCAAACAACAAUGCCAUAUGAUCCUGAAGGGAUCCUGGGGACCAUAAAUACCAUUCUUAUGGCAUUUCUGGGACUGCAGGCAGGAAAAAUUAUCUUGUUCUACAAAGACCAGCACAAACAAAUUAUGAGUCGGUUCGUCAUAUGGAGCAUAGUAAUGGGAAUUAUUUCUGCUAUCUUGACAAAAUGUUCUAAAGAAGAAGGGUUUAUUCCCAUAAACAAGAACUUAUGGUCAAUAUCGUAUGUGACAACCAUGAGCUGCUUUGCCUUCAUCCUCUUACUGCUGAUAUAUUACCUUGUGGAUGUCAAGAGACUAUGGUCAGGUACUCCAUUUUUCUACCCAGGAAUGAACUCAAUCCUGGUCUACAUUGGACACGAAGUGUUUGAAAACUAUUUCCCUUUUAAGUGGAAGAUGCAAGACAGUCAAUCCCACGCAGAGCAUCUGACUCAAAACCUCACUGCAACAACUCUUUGGGUCAUAAUAUCAUAUUUACUUUACAGGAGAAGGAUAUUCUGGAAAAUCUGAUAGAGGUGGUCAAGGUGUAGCGGGCCUAGAUUCUUGAUGGGGCAAGUGCCUAAGGUGGAUUAGCCUGAAAUAUUGCCACUCGUGCUAGGCAGUAUUGCUAAAAAGGGAUACUAGUUCAAGUUUACAGUGCCAUGGAAGUCAUCAAGACACUUUUAUGUGACUUAAGGGACAAUAUUUUUCUAUUUAGCAAAAACUUACUAGUCUACUGCAGUUGCUCUCUUUCUGUUUUCUGUAUUUUGUAAAUAUUUUACUGAUCUCCCUCCUUAAUAUAGAGAAACAACAUACUGCAACAGUUGGGCAAAGACAGCCUGAUGGUGCUUACAAAACGAACUGCAAGGGAUAUGGGUGGUGACUGCAAGGGGUUAUCAGAAUGGGACUGUGGUAACAGUCACUGCAUCUGACAAGGCACCCCCUAACUCACAUGGUCUGGAGUUUGCAUAUACCCUUGGCACUUGCCACAUGCCUGUGCCACUCUGGCUACUGGCACGCAUUUAACUCAGCCAUCUUUUUGACUUGGCAGCGCUGGCAGCAUCCUCAGCCCUGCACUUGGGUUGGUGGUACAGUGACUGUCUGGGAAAGCUCAGGGGCACCUCUGUGCUACAGCAUGCUCUAGAAAGUGGUGACUCAACUGAUUAUUUUUCAUUGUGUUCUUCCAAUCUGGUCUUGGAUCAAAACCUUAGGUUUAGGAUCCUGCUGAAGCCUGCUGCCAAAGAUGUCUUCUGCUGGCUUAUUAAUCAGCAUGCUGCUGCUACAGGUUUAGCAGCCCAUCUGUGCAUGUUCUGGGCCUUUGUGUUACAUACCUCUAGCAUGGAUAAGGUCCAAGUUUCACGUGCUACACUCUAAGAGUGCAGAAAGGCCAGUUCCUAUUGACUUUGUAUAAUCACUUGGAUAUUACUGAAGUUUGAUCAAAGCGAUCCUCUUUAAAAAUGGAUUUACAUAAGGGCCCUGAAUCUGAAAACCAGCAAUACAGGUAGAAUUCAACUAAA